GUGAGAUGAGAGUAAAUAUUAUUUUAGAUUUGAAACGACAACAAGUGGAGUAGAAGUGGAACAAAGAAGGUCCUUGGUUUUUGUGUUGUGAGGAUAAUUGAACCCAGCUCUGUCUCUGUCUCAUAAAUCUUUGUCAAUUCAUCCUUACAACGCUCUCUGUGUUUUCCUUCUUUUAAGGUUCAGCAACAGGAUCUUAACUUUUGCAGCCUCUUUCUUCUUCUUCUAUCUACCUCCCUCUAGUGUAUCAGGUGCUAGACCUAGGAAAAUCAAAUGCAUCGUGGGAAGUUUUCACUUACACCCAAGAAUCAAGUCAAUGACCUAGCAGGUUCAGGUUUUCCUGAUAAUCAACAUAGAAGUCUUCCCGAACCCAUAUAUGUUUCUUCUUCAUCUUCAGAUGAUGAAAAUAACAUCUCUAAUGACGACGCAUCUAAACAAUUAGUACUUUAUGACCCUGUGAUAAAUGGAGACAACACUAUUCAAUCCCCGGAUCCUUUUCAGUUUAAGUCUCCACCGCGUCCACGAAGUAAACCUUCAAGUUCAACUCCUAGAGUUUUGCCAGCAGUUGGUGCUUUCACUGUUCAAUGUGCUUCCUGUUUUAAAUGGAGGUUGAUUCCAACAAAGGAAAAAUACGAAGAAAUACGCGAGUAUAUCCUUCAACAUCCUUUUGUUUGUGAAAAAGCUCGUGAGUGGCGACCCGAUAUAUCUUGUGAUGAUCCCGAGGAUAUUUCCCAGGAUGGCAGUAGAAUUUGGGCUAUUGACAAGCCUAGCAUUGCACAGCCUCCAGAUGGAUGGCAGCGACUUCUACGAAUUAGAGGUGAAGGAAGCAGCAAAUUUGCAGAUAUAUACUAUGUAGCACCAUCAGGCAAGAGAUUGCGCUCAAUGGUCGAGGUCCAGAAGUUCUUGGUGGAACAUCCAGAGUACAUGAUAGACGGCGUAACUCUUUCACGGUUCUCAUUUCAAAUACCUAAGCCAUUGCAAGAAAACUAUGUGAGGAAGCGCUCUCAUGCUAAAUCAGUUGAACCUGAGCAAGUGAGACCUCUGGCUUGGGUAGGUCCGGAAGAUGGCACUAAUUCAAAUGAGGGAAGACUUGGCCUUCCUGCUCCCUUCAUGGAAGCAUAUGACCCUGACAGCCAUCCUGCAAAGAAGCAAGCCACUCGGAGUUUUUUUCCAUAAAACAAAGCAAACACCUGACCAAAUCACUAAACAUCCAUUUCGAAGUUGUUCCAUUUUUUAGUUGCUUUUGGAUGUAAGAUUCCAUUUUCAUCUGUAAUUUGUCUGUUGCAAAUAGAGAAUUGUAUUAUUUUUUGCAUUAGUAAACCAAGAGUUCAAAAUCAACUGCUACAUUGGAUGAAAAAUACAGUUUAGCCUUGCAUGUAGUUUGAGGUAUGGUCUAAGCAUUCCGAAACAAUGUGUACAAUGUAUACUGAUGUAUCAAUUUGAUUGAAAUUUUAUUCGA